AUGACGGAAUUGCCAGAGGUGAUGAAGGCGGUGGUAUAUCAUGGACCAUUUGAUGUUCAAGUGGAAGAUCGUGCCACCCCCAAGAUUGAGAAACCAGACGAUGCCAUUGUUAAGGUGCAAUUUUCUGGGCUCUGUGGAACAGACUUACACGCAUAUCGUGGCCAUAUAAAUGGUCCCGUGAAUACAAUUUUGGGGCACGAGUUUUUGGGCGAAAUUGUUGCCAAGGGUGACCAAGUGACCAAGUUCAAGAUUGGAGACAAAGUUUUAAGCUCGUUUACCAUUCAAUGUGGCCAUUGUUGGUAUUGCCGCAAUGGGUAUUCGGGACAAUGUAACGAAACCAAUACAUUUGGGAAGAUUGGGUUAGAUGGAGGACAAGCAGAGUAUGUACGUAUUCCAAACGCAGAGAAAACUCUAUUGAAUCUCCCUCAAAAUGAGGAGGGGCAGCCAGAAAUAGACGCCUCCGUUUAUGUAAUGAUGGCAGAUAUAUUCAUUACUGGUUACUAUGGGGUGAAGAAGAUUAUGGAUUUCUUGAAGAUUUCAUCAGCUAGAAACGUGUCGCCGCAAAAUUUCAAAGAUGUUUCAAUUCUACAGAUUGGAGCUGGACCUGUUGGUUUAUGUGGAUUACGAGUAUUGAAGUAUUUUGGAUUCGAAAAAGUUGUUGUUGUUGAUAGUGUUCCUGCGAGAUUGGCUGAGGCCAAGAGAUUAGGUGCCUUUGAGACGAUCAAUUUUGAAACGGAUCCCGAUGCAUUGAACAAGUUUAUCCAAAGCGAGUUGGAUAAUAUAGGGUUUGACGCAGUCUUGGAAGUUGUAGGCGCGUCAGCUGCAUUGAGAACCGCUUAUGAGUCUGUACGUCGAAAUGGAUUCAUAUCUUCAUUAGGGAUGGGGCACGAGCCAUUACCGUUCAAUGGCUUAGAAUGUUAUCUAAAAAACGUUAAUAUAUCAUUUGGAAGAUGUCACGGAUGGAGCUUAUUUGAAGAAGCUUUGGAAAUCUUUGAAAAGGUGAAGAAUGAUUUUGUUCAUUUUAUAGAUUAUAAAGCAAAGUUAAUUGAUGCAAAACAAGCUUUUGAUUUGUUUGACAAGCACAAGGUUAACAAAGUUGUAUUUGAUUUAACACAAGGACCGGGGCAACCAUAA